UCCUGUUCAACAGGAGCGUGGAAACUUGAAACGAACACAACCCCUUUGAAAAUGUCUACAAGUUCGCCAAAAGAGAAAGAAAAGAAGAAGAAAAGGACAAUACGGCCAGAAAUAAGUGCCCCAAAGAUCCAGACUGGUCGUCAGUUCUCAGAAGAGGAUGAAGUGGAGAAGAGAGAUCCACUGGAUGAUUUAAAGGAACAUAAGCAGGCAUGCAGUGAGAUAAGGAAUUCCAUUAAAAGUAUAUCAGCAAUGAAGGACGCUGGUAAACCAGACACGGGAGAGGUGGAGGAGCUGCGCACACAGGGCACACUUCAGUUUCUUGUGCUCAAGAAACUCAACCGUUUGGCACACAUCCGCUGCAAGAAAGUGAGGGACAGCACCAAUGAGGCCAAACAGAAGAUAGACCAAUAUCACCUACAGUUACAGAACCUGCUGUAUGAAGUCAUGCAUUUGCAGAAGGAAAUUACAAAGUGUCUGGAGUUUAAGUCCAAAGAUGAAGAAAUAGACCUUGUCGGUGUGGAAGAUUUCUAUAAAGAGGCACCCCCAGAAAUAUCAAGACCAGAGGUAACCAAGAAUGACCCACAUCAGCAGACCCUGGCCAGAUUGGAGUGGGAGCUAGAACAGAGAAAAAGGUUGUCUGCAAAUUUCAAGGAGACUCAGAAUAGCAAGAAUUUGAUAUCCCAAGAUAUCAAAAGCAAGAAGGAAUACUUAGAGAGCUUACAGCCUAAACUUGUCUCUAUAAUGCAGGCCACCAAACCAGUACAAGAGUCUCUGAACAUGAGAUUUGAUGAGAUCCAAGAGCAGCACCAGACUGCACAACAUCUUCCUCAGCCACUGUAUGUUCUGUACAUGCAGUCAUCUGCCUAUAAGGAGGCAUGUGAUAAGAAUAUGGCUGUCAGUAUAGAGGGAGAUGUUGAAGCAGCAAAAACAGUGGAAUCCCAACAAGACCAAGAGCAAGAUGAGGACAGUGACAGUGAUCAAGAGGAACAGGAACAGUCCAAGAGGAAAUCU